GUGUGCGUGCAUGUAAGUACUUUCUCUUCUCCCUCCCCCCCAAAAAAAAGGAAAAAAAAGGGGGUGAAAAAGAACAGCUGGGCUAGGUGGCUGUAUUCUCUCUCUCUCUAAAGCAAAGCUGACCGAAGCCUGCUAUUGUUGCUGCCCGGGUUUGCAAAUGAAGGGAAUUGUCUCUGCAAACGGAGAGGGUUUUUUUCUCUUUGUAGCCAAGUGAAAGAGAUUAGCCCGAAAACCUGUGAAAUUGACGGGCCUCGGACAUUUUCCCGGCAUUGAGAGGAUCGGGAAGAUAAAGGGAAGGGAGUCAAAACAUAUCCCGAGUUCUUUUUGACCUGUCAAAAGAUGUCAUCGCAAACUAAGUUCAAGAAAGACAAAGAGAUCAUAGCCGAGUAUGAAACACAAGUAAAAGAGAUCCGUACUCAGUUGGUGGAACAGUUCAAAUGUCUGGAACAGCAGUCGGAGUCUCGCCUGCAGCUGCUCCAGGACCUCCAGGAGUUCUUCCGUAGGAAGGCUGAGAUUGAACUGGAGUACUCCAGGAGCCUCGAGAAACUGGCAGAACGAUUUUCCUCCAAAAUCCGUAGUUCCCGGGAACACCAUCAGUUCAAGAAGGAUCAAUAUCUCCUCUCCCCUGUGAACUGCUGGUAUCUUGUGCUGAACCAGACCCGCAGGGAGAGCAGGGACCACGCCACGUUGAAUGAUAUUUUCACGAACAAUGUCAUUGUCCGUCUUUCCCAGAUCAGUGAGGAUGUCAUUAGGCUCUUUAAAAAGAGUAAAGAAAUUGGUUUACAGAUGCAUGAAGAGCUCUUGAAGGUCACCAGUGAAUUAUACACAGUCAUGAAAACCUAUCAUAUGUAUCAUGCGGAGAGCAUCAGUGCUGAGAGCAAGCUGAAAGAAGCGGAGAAACAAGAAGAGAAGCAGUACAACAAAUCAGGGGACAUCAGCAUGAACCUGCUGCGGCACGAAGACCGGCCUCAGCGCCGGAGCUCCGUCAAAAAGAUCGAGAAGAUGAAGGAGAAGAGACAAGCCAAGUAUUCUGAAAACAAACUGAAGUGUACUAAAGCCCGAAAUGAUUAUUUACUGAACCUGGCGGCUACCAAUGCAGCUAUUAGUAAAUACUAUAUCCACGAUGUCUCCGACCUGAUCGAUUGCUGUGAUCUGGGAUUUCAUGCCAGUCUGGCUAGAACCUUUAGGACUUACCUCUCUGCUGAAUAUAACCUGGAAACCUCACGCCACGAGGGAUUAGAUGUCAUUGAGAAUGCAGUGGAUAAUUUGGAUGCACGGAGUGACAAACACACGGUCAUGGACAUGUGCAAUCAGGUCUUCUGUCCCCCGCUGAAGUUUGAGUUCCAGCCCCACAUGGGGGAUGAGGUGUGUCAGGUCAGUGCCCAGCAGCCAGUUCAGACUGAGUUGCUUAUGCGUUACCAUCAGCUGCAGUCAAGACUGGCCACCCUCAAGAUAGAGAAUGAAGAGGUCAGAAAAACAUUAGAUGCCACCAUGCAAACUCUGCAGGAUAUGCUGACGGUAGAAGAUUUUGAUGUAUCUGAUGCCUUCCAACAUAGCCGCUCCACCGAGUCAGUCAAAUCUGCUGCUUCUGAGACAUAUAUGAGCAAAAUCAACAUUGCCAAACGGAGAGCCAACCAACAGGAAACUGAAAUGUUUUAUUUUACGAAAUUUAAGGAGUAUGUCAAUGGCAGUAAUCUUAUCACCAAGCUUCAGGCUAAGCAUGAUUUACUAAAGCAGACCCUUGGAGAAGGUGAAAGAGCUGAAUGUGGCACUACAAGCAGAAGAGAUGGAAGACUUAGGCUGCCUCACUUUCCUUGGCUGAGCUCUUCCUCUGCUCCCCACCUUGUGCCCCAUCCUGCACUGCAAGGAAGAAGAAAUGCUCGAACCAGGAACCAGGAUUCAGGGCAGGCUAUUCCACUUGUGGUUGAAAGCUGCAUUCGCUACAUCAAUUUAUACGGUCUCCAGCAGCAGGGUAUUUUUAGAGUUCCUGGAUCUCAGGUUGAAGUCAAUGACAUCAAAAAUUCCUUUGAGAGAGGUGAAGACCCCCUUGCUGAUGAUCAGAGUGAACGAGAUAUUAAUUCAGUGGCUGGAGUCUUAAAGCUGUAUUUCCGAGGCUUGGAAAACCCACUCUUUCCUAAGGAAAGGUUUCAAGAUUUGAUAUCUACGAUUAAAAUGGAGAACCCAGCAGAAAGAGUCCACCAGAUCCAGCAGAUCAUCAUUACUCUUCCUCGUGUUGUCAUCGUGGUCAUGAGAUACCUCUUCGCUUUCCUCAACCACUUGUCACAGUACAGUGAUGAGAAUAUGAUGGAUCCCUACAACCUGGCCAUCUGCUUUGGACCAACUCUCAUGCACAUUCCGGACGGGCAGGACCCUGUGUCCUGCCAGGCGCAUGUCAACGAGGUCAUCAAAACCAUCAUUGUCAAUCACGAAGGCAUCUUCCCUAGCCCCAGGGAGCUGGAGGGGCCAGUAUAUGAGAAGUGCAUGACUGGAGGUGAAGAAUAUUGUGACAGCCCUCACAGUGAACCUGGCACCAUUGAUGAAGUUGACCACGACAAUGGCACUGAGCCCCACACUAGUGAUGAUGAAGUGGAACAGAUUGAAGCUAUCGCCAAGUUUGACUACGUUGGACGGUCCCCUCGUGAGUUGUCCUUUAAGAAGGGGGCCUCCCUUCUCCUAUACCAUCGAGCAUCGGAAGAUUGGUGGGAAGGCCGGCACAACGGUGUGGACGGCCUCAUCCCGCAUCAGUACAUCGUCGUACAAGACAUGGAUGAUGCCUUCUCAGACAGCCUGAGUCAGAAAGCGGACAGUGAAGCCAGCAGCGGGCCUUUGCUGGAUGACAAGGCCUCAUCCAAAAAUGACAUCCAGUCCCCGACGGAUCACAUUCCUGACUAUGGAUUUGGGGGCUUGAUGGGCCGGGUGAGGUUGAGAUCAGAUGGAGCCGCCAUUCCCCGUCGCCGAAGCGGGGGUGAUACCCACAGCCCUCCUCGCACUAUCGGACCUGGGAUAGAUGCCCCACCUCGGGCAGCUGCCUGCCCCAGCAGCCCUCAUAAAAUCCCACUCAGUAGGGGAAGAAUCGAGAGUCCCGAGAAGCGGAGGAUGGCAACAUUUGGAAGCGUCGGCAGCAUCAACUAUCCAGACAAGAAGACUCUGUCUGAUGGACACCCACUCAGGUCCACCUGUGGCUCCACUCGGCAUAGCAGCCUAGGUGACCACAAGUGUCUAGAGGCAGAAGCCCUGGCAGAAGACAUUGAGAAGACCAUGAGCACAGCUCUGCAUGAGCUGCGUGAGCUUGAGAGGCAAAACACAGUCAAGCAGGCUCCAGAUGUGGUCUUGGACACCCUGGAACCGAUGAAGAACCCACCACUGGGCUCAGUCAACUCGGAGCCCGCCAGCCCCCUGCACACCAUUGUGAUCCGGGAUCCGGAUGCCGCCAUGCGCCGGAGCAGCAGCUCCACCACUGAGAUGAUGACAACGUUCAAGCCGGCGCUCUCUGCCAGGCUGGUCGGGGCUCAGCUCAGACCACCCCCCAUGCGGCCCAUCCGGCCCGUGGUCCAGCACCGAUCCAGCAGCAGCAGCAGCUCAGGCGUGGGCAGCCCGGCAGUGACCCCUACUGAGAAGAUAUUCCCCAACAGUUCCUCAGACAAGUCUGGCACCAUGUAGCUUCCCCUCCCGGUGGCCUCUUAUAAGCAGACCAAUCCAGUGUCUCCAGCGAGGGGUUGUUGGGGAG